GACAGAUGUCGUGUCGUGUGCGAUCGCAAUAUCAGCGGGCACUUCACCGAAUUCUUGAAAUGGUGCGCUUUCACGUUUUAUGAAACUUUGCGGAAAGUGCUGGUUCUCCACAUUUUUAUCCUCAAGGCCAGUUAGUUUGGCAGGCGUGCGUGUUUUACGUGAUCAACUCGUUAACGUAAGCAUGUUUCUACAUCCCUGUGUUAGGUGCUCGGUGGACCUCGUGCACAGUCAUGUCGAAAUGCGGACGACAUGAAGAGCGCCCGAUUAUUUGUUGUACGUAUUUGUACUUGAAGAAAACGCCUGAUUUUGUACACAUCUGCAAGCAUGGAGGAUCCGGAAAUCCUUACGAUAGAAUGGGAAAUGAUGGACAAAUCACGAUUCUUCAUGUUCAGCAUAAUCAACUCGUUCACCUUGCGUUGCCUGGUGUACCCUUUGACGGUCAUCAAAACGCGACUGCAAGUCCAAAAGCCGGGAAAGCUUUAUACCGGUACGUUUGACGCCUGCUCGAAAAUUCUGCGCUACGAAGGCUUCGGAGGUUUGUACAGAGGCUUUUGGAUUAACACAAUACAGAUGUUCUCGGGCAUCGGCUAUAUCUUCACGUAUGAAAAAGUACGGGACAUGCUUUCUCGACACGCCGACAUACACGACCGGCGUUUAAAGGGACUUAUAGCUGGUGGUUGCAGUUCUCUAGUGAGUCAGACUAUUAUCACGCCCUUCGACGUCGUCUCCCAGCACAUGAUGGUCUUGGGCCGGUCGAGCAAAAGCGGUGGCACGGUCAUGAACCCGCUUAACAUCAGCGUCGACCUGAAAAGGAAGCACCUUAUUUCUGCGGCCAUCGUUCGCGAAUUGUACCGAAGAGAUGGCAUCAGGGGCUUUUACCGAGGGUACUUCGCAUCACUGCUCGCUUAUGUGCCCGGCAGUGCGCUAUGGUGGAUGUUCUAUCCGGCCUACACCGACGGGCUGCGGCGCGUUCUGCCUGGCUGGACUCCUCAAAUGUUUGUGCAGUGUAUGGCAGGACCCCUGAGCGGUAUCACCGUAUGCCUCAUCACCAACCCGAUGGAUGUUGUGCGAGCCCGCAUCCAAGUGCAGCGCAUGAAUUCGGUCACGCAAACAUUUUGGCAGCUCUGGACGGAAGAACGUUUGCGCAUGUUCCAGAUAGGCCUGUCGGCUCGCGUAAUGCAGAGUGUAAUCAGCUCCUUUCUGCUUGCCCUGGGCUACGAAACGCUCAAGCGGUGGAGCGUACAUGAUGAAUACAAGGACAAGAUUCGGUGGUAGUUCACCGCAAGCUUGUCGCAAAUUUCCCAUAAGGGACUCCUCGCUGGAUACGUGCUUGUAUAUGAUCGCGUUUAAUUUGAGCGCCAACGAAUUGUAGCGCGGAUUGAUUUCUUUAUCUAUAAAUGAUAGAGCAAACAAAAUGAGGAUUAUUUAUGGAGUGCUUCAGUUGCUCAUGUCAUGUCGCGACACGAUGUAGUGGCAGAGAAGCCUUGCAUGUUUUACGUGUAUCCUUUCUGCCCCUUAACUUAGCCCAAUUUCAGUUUGCCCCUGAAAGUGAGAGAUCCGUUUUUAUGAAGAGUACCUUGAAGAGUACCCGACUUAGUAUUUUUCCUGUGUUAAGUGGAAGUGUCUUCUUCUUUUCUUCCUUACUACAGUCAUUCCAUGCAGUCAAUUUAUCUGCAAAGCAGGCCAGAUAUUGAACAGUGCAGCACAUUGCCACAGCUAUGCGUCAGUGAAAAAUUUCAUUAACAUAUGAAUUAAAAUGCGUAAAUUUCUAGUCCAUAGGUUCAUAAGAGCCCUCAAAGUUCUUCUAUGUGCUAGUCAUUUUCAGAUAUGCAGCCAUGAAACGUAAUGCCCAAGAAAAUGAUAGCAAAAAGUGCAUGUGACAUACAUGUACCCUGCAGAUUUUUUGUUCACUCCUUGAGGCUUCAACACUUCCAAGCUCGCAGACUGUGACACGUUUUUAAAGGGGCCAACUGCCCAGAACAUAAAAUGAGAUGACUCCACUGACAAAAAGAUUGUCAGUCGCAGUGAUACAAACCAACCCAGUUUUUUUUCAUGAGAGGUGGAUUUAUAUCUUUAUUUCUUCAUUGAAAGUAGCGAAAAAUGACGCACCUCAGGUGGCAAAAACGCAGACGAUCUGAUGUCCCCAGCAACGUGAUCAGUGAUUGCUGUAAGCGGUCUAAAAAUUUUUUUAGAACUGAAAUAUUGUUCCUUUCUUCAUAGUAAGUAUAAAGAUGUUACUGCACAGAAAUGUACAAAUAGACGUGUGCUAAUAGUAUGCAUUGAAGUGGUGCUGCCCCUAGUGUGACGUAAUGAUCCCAUGCUAGUUAGAACGUCUUGAGCAACUUUUCGGCGUGCUCAUGCAACUUUGUACACAGUUUCCAGGUCGCUAAUAUUUUUGGUGACAUAGUUUUUGUACCUGCGCUUCACCUCAAAAUGAUGCGCACUGCUACCCGGCGCAGCUGUGUAUAUGCACCGUGAAGUUUUCUAUGACUUGGCUCGGCUCGUGUAUUGAUUUAGUAACCAUGUCGAGACAAGCCACCCAUGACACAGGCGCAAGCAAUGUGGUACAAAUACAAAAAAGGUGUGUUAUGUGACCUCAUGUCAUUGUAAUCGUUUGUUAUUUUCAAAAAUAGUUAACCUCAAAAUAAAGGUGGUUAAGCAUAGUUA